GUAUUUCGGGUUUGGGAUUCUUUCAAUCAGCUUUCAAUUCGGAGCAUCUGUCAUUUUUCUAUCAAAUUUACUUUCUUUCCUCCUCAAAUGAUGAGUUUAGCUAACGAGUUUGUUGUACACAAAAAAUGCAUAGAGUUCAAGUAUAUUUGAAAUUGUGAUCCGCUGUGGCUUGCUUUGGUGGUAUUAUAGUUUGAUCUCUAGAGUAAGACAGAAUGCUUCCUGCUACCGGUUUGUUUCGCACAGUCAACUGUCCUUUCUUUGAGAAGGACCUCUGUACAAGACCAUACUGCCACUUUAAGCACAUCAAGCUAGAAAUACCGGCAGCAGCAACGUACAGUGCAACACCAAAAAGUAUAUUGAACCGGAAUAGUGCUAGUUCGGUUGCAGUAUCUGAUGGACCAAUUAAAAAGAAACCUAAGCUGGAGUACAUCCCAAUGCCCACAAUAAUAACCCCUAAGUAUGUACCUAGUGUAAAAUCUACUAUUGGCAGUUUGGAGAAGAAAGUAGUCGAGUCUUCAAUAGUUGAAAAAGAAGAACAAUCAGACGAAAUUAACAAUGAGAAUGAAAAUAGAAAACCACAGGAGGAGGAACAUGCAAUCGAAGCAGAGGAAAAAGAGAUUCCAUGCAAUGGACACGAUGAUAACGACGACGAAAAGCGAAAUGAUGCUGAGAAUGUUUCAAUUGAGACGAAGACUGAGUCUGCUAGUCCCAAAAUAUCCGCCGCAAUAUCGGAACCACAAACACUUGAUAAGAAACAGGAAGACAGUUCGAGGAGAAGGUCUAGCAGUAGUAGAAGUUCUCACAAAAAGAGUAGUAGGGAUGACAAAGAUCAUCGGAGAGAUAAGAAUAAUCAUAAAGGAUCUGACCGGAAAAAGUCUUCUAGUGAUGGAAAGCAUUCAGCGUCUUCGCACAAAGAAGACAAACAUCGAACAAAAUCUGUAAAGGACAGAGAUCAUGAUAAGGAACGUAGUAGAUCGAAACAUAAGGAAGAUUCGCGUAAUAAAGAGAAAAAUUCUGCAAGAGAGAAAGAUUGUAGCAAAUCAUCGGACAAAAAUCGUCAUCGGUCAUCUCACAGGUCCAGCAGAGACUCGACGAGAAGCAGUACUAAUAGUUCUAAGAAAACAUCAUCAUCAUCAUCGUCUACAAAGAGUGAGAAGAAUCGACAUAAAUCAUCGACGUUGCAAUCAUCUUCAUCUAAACCAAAGGUGGAGUUAGCAGAAGAAAUUUACAGGGAACUGCUCGAUAAUCCGCCUAGCGAUAUAGACGUUGAGAGCGAUGAAGACGAAGUCAUGAAACAAUGCAAAAUGAUUUUCGAAGAGUACGACGCAUCAGCGUCGUCGGUGCAGUCGACCCAUGAGCAGCAGAAGAAAAAUUCUGAAGUGAACCCUAGCCGUAAUCAAACAGAGCUGAUCGACAUGUUUGCCGACAAGUACUACGAUGAAAGUCGCAAGAAACGCGUUGCACACGAGAAUGUUACGGCAUCCAAACCGACUAGCAAAGCGCCACCGCCGGUCAGAAAGACGAAUCAUGUACAAAAUGCUAUGAGGUCUGUUUAUCAACGCCAAGAAAUAGUUCGCAAGCAGCAAGAAGAACUAGCUGCCAAAAGACGCUUGGAACAAGAUGCCAAGAAACGCAUUGAGGAAGAAACUCGAAAAGUUAUGAGUAAACCAGUAACACCCAGACUCAGCAACGGGUCACCGCGAUCGCCGGUUCUUAGUCCUACAACUGCAAAUACUCCGCCGUCAAAAGAGCAAUCACCGGUGUCCCCAAUUAGUUCUAGCAGCUUCUACAAGUCUCCAGAUACAAUCACAACGACUCCUAGAACUCGUUUCACGCCUGCCGUAAAUGUUUUAGCUUUUCAGAAGGCAAAGGAAAAAAUCGAACACCUGAAAAAGAUGAAAGCAAUCAAUACCCCAGCGCAAACAGCACCCAAAGGGACGGGACGAACGGCACAUACGGGACCUGCUUUGCCUGAAGCUUCUACAUCCGCUUCUGUUGUUCCUGCAGCUUCUGCUGCGAAUGCUACCCCUUCGAAGCCUGCUCCACCGGUGCUCGAGCCCGAUUCGACCAAAAUUUCCUACAACAUUCGAAUGCAAUUCUACAACCUAAUGAUCAAACACUGCCUCUGUAUCUAUCCGACCUGUGAGGAUGCAUGGGAUCGUGCACAAACAGAGGAACUGGCCGUUGUUAAAAAGUGCAGCACUCCAGUUAUCUACAAGAGUAGUGCACUUCUUACAAUUAAUAAGCUGCGAAAAGAAGCCAGUGAGGCAGGGAGCGGAUCAGCGGAUAAGAACAAAACAAUUUCUCACGACGUCAUUCUGGCAGGAAAAAUGGGACAAAACAUUUCCUGGAGUGUUAAUAAAAAACUGAAAACCGAAGUCAAAUCCAGCUAUAAUAUCGACACUGCCCCCUCCACGGUAGCAUAUAAAAUGAUAUACGAAUGUAUUCUUACCGAAGAACAGUUGCAAAUGAACGGGUUCCCGCGUGCGACUGAAACUCCAGGAAAGGCCAAAAUGUAUACUCCGAAACCAUCUCGGCCUCCCAAUGAAAAUGAAAGGUACUGCUCUCGAUGUUCAAAGGUGUACAAUCUGGAUAUAUACGACGAACCGGCUGUAGAUUCGUGCAACUAUCACAACAAAAGCACCUGCUACCGGCGUGGUUUUGCGGAUAAUAUGCAUAGCUGCUGCCAACAGCCUGCAGGAUCAGCCGGUUGUAUGUACGCUAACUAUCAUGUUACCAGCUAUUUGGAUUAUGACAAUCUUACCGGAUUCGUAAAGACGAUCGAUCCACCCGAAGGAUAUGUCCCCUCGAAAAAAGACGUUUUCGCACUGGAUUGCGAAAUGUGUUAUACUACUGUUGGGCUAGAGUUAACCAGAAUUACCGUAGUUGAUAUUAACGAGAAAACUGUUUACGAUACUCUGGUUAAACCGUCCAAUCGGGUAAUCGACUACAAUACCAGAUUUUCCGGAAUAACGGAACAGAUGCUUCACAAUACCACCACAACGCUGUAUAACGUACAAGUCGUUCUAUUAUCGAUGUUCAACUCCGAAUCAAUUCUCGUCGGUCACAGUUUGGAGAGUGAUUUUAAGGCGCUGAAAUUGAUUCACGACGUCGUAGUCGAUACAUCCGUACUGUAUCCCCACAAAAUGGGACCACCGAAGAAGCGAGCUUUGAAGACACUUUGUAUUGAGAAUCUGAAGAAAAUAAUUCAAGAAAAUGAUGCCGGCCACGACAGUGCUGAGGAUUCGGUAGUGUGUAUUCAACUGAUCAAGCAUUAUUUAAGAAAUCGUAUCCUAUGAUUAGAACAUGGACGGAAGUGGAUAGCAUCAGAAUCAAAUUACAAUAAGAAUAUGCUUAACAUUAUUAUCAUCGUUAUUUAUUAUUUUAUUUUUUCAUUGCACCGCUCUUACGUUUUCAUACUAGCGUAUGUGAAGUAAUUUCUAACGUUCGCAAAACUUAUUUUAGGCUUACCCUGAACAAAUAGUUGUUAACAGCGACUCGAGAAAAGCAGUCGAUUUUUCUACUGCACAUUAUUUAAUAAAAACGGAAUAACCAUAAA